AUGUUUGCUGUUGCUAUAUUUGUUUUAUUAUGUGCGCAUGCUGUUCAUCCUUCGACAGUGGUAUCCGGGCAUGCCAUAACAAAUCGCGGAUCAGAUACGGAUCAUGCAGCUGAAGGAGCUGCUGUAGCCGGAGAUACACUAUCCGGGCAUGCCAUAACAAAGCGCGGAUCGGAAACGGAUUAUGCAGCUCAAGGAGCUGCUGCAGCCGGAGAUACAAUUGCAGUUACCGGUGGUGUUAUAGCCGCAGGAUCACUCAAGGCAGGUCCAUUUGCACCAGUAGUGGCAGGAGUUGGAGGUGCAACUGCUGCCGUUGGAGGUUUGGUAUCAAUAAUUUCGAGAGCAGCCGAUCAGUCAUGUCGUGAUUUUGGUUGUCACAAUAACUACUGUUUUGCAUACUGCAGCAUCGGAAAUCAAUGGUGCUAUACAACCAAAUCUUAUUCUCAAAGUUUUGACUAUGUCAGUUGUACAAGGGAUGACGAAUGCAAUGGAUGCUGGAAAUGUGCAGGUUCGUGCACGUUGUGA